CUGCUGAGUCUGAACCAACAUGUCGGUGAACCUGAGCAAGAAUGGUGCAGCGCUGAAGUCAGCGUAUGAGGAGGUGGUGAACCCCAAGUCUGACACCAACUGGGCACUCUUCACCUAUGAGGGGAACAGCAACGACUUGAGGCUGGCGGAGACUGGAGGAGGAGGACUGGGGCAGCUGGUGGAGGAACUUAACAGUGGGAAGAUCAUGUACGCCUUCUGCCGAGUCCAGGAUCCCAACUCUGGUCUGCCCAAGUUUGUCCUCAUCAACUGGAUAGGUGAAGGUGUAAAAGACUCACGAAAAGGAGUUUGUGCGAAUCAUCUGGGCUCCAUCAGGAACUUCCUGAAGGGUUCUGUGUACCGAAAGGUCAACGCGGUGGAGGAGAUCCAGCAGACCAACAAGGACGACUUCUGGACCCAGAACCAGAGAGACGAGGAGGAACGACGACGGGAGGAAAACCGACGAGCGGAAGAGGAGAGGAGGACACGAGAGAGGGAGUGGAGGGAGAUGGAGGACCAGAAAGCAAGGGAGAGAAGAGAGAUGGAGGUUAGGAGAGAGAGAGGAGAGACAGGGAGCCAAAUCCAGACCCGCCCCUGCGGGACCAGGUGGUUCUGUGUCUCAGAUCCGCUGGGAUCAGCGGUUCCGGACGCGGUGCUCCGCCAUGUUGACUCGUUGUUCUGGAGGAGACAGAUGCGGAACAUCCUCAUCACACGCCUCAACAAGUCUCUCACAUGCUCUUACUUACCUGGUACCGGGGGGACACUCCGGCCUCAGCUCCCGCCUCCAGGUUCUGCUCGGUUCUUCCGUCUGCUCUUCGUCUGGACCGUCGAUUUAUUAGUUUUAAGACCGUGACGUCACGUGAGCGCUGCGGUCUCUGGCCCCAUCUCGCGGUCGAUGCGUGUAAACACAGCCGAACCUGCUGCUCGACCCCGGUGGCCCCAGUGAGCAGCUGAGCGGCCUCUCUGAUGAUUCUGGACUCCCCGUGGCGCCAUCUAGUGGAUUUGCGCAGCGGAUGACCCGAAGGUGACGAUAAAGAUGAGGAGUGCUCGCCUUUUGAAACGCUCUUUAUUGUUCCACAUUACUACAUACAACUGUUUACAAGAAAAAAAAAAAGAUAUGGACACAUACAUACAUUUAACCAACAACAAUAUUGUUUAUUUUGCAUCAGUGUGACAAUAGCACAGUAAAUCACAAUGGUGGCUAUAUUCAAGUUUUUAUAUCACCUUAUUGAAACUAACGCUCUUUUAGUGACGCGAUUAAUUCAUUAAUCGAUUAACUCGUUAAAGUCCCACCACUAAUGUAUAUAUAUAUAUAUAUACAUAUAUAUAUGACCCUCGUAAAGUCCACCGCGACUCCCUCACCUUCAGGUCUGACUGUCUGACUGUCCGCCCCCUGGUGGUCGCUCAGCUUCUGAGGUCACCAUGGCAACGCUCUCUGCCCCCACUGAGUCUGUGUGAGCUCCUGACUCCUGAGGUUUGCCACGGAUGACCAGGACCAGAAGCAGGAGCAGCAGCAGACCCAGGGCCACCAGGACGAGCAGCGAGACCAAGAGUGCCCGGUGGGAGUGGAAGGACUCUGCCCUCCAGCUCACCUGCAGCCGGUUGUCCAGGCUCAGGUGAGCAGCGGUGCAGGUGUAGUUGUGUUUGCGCUGCAGCUCUUGCUCCGUCAGAACCAGCGUCUUCCUCACCUGGUACAGGCCGUUGCCGUUGGGCAGCACCGGCCCAGCGCUCAGCUGAUCCUCCUCCACCUGCCCACCGUCCCGGAGCAGGGUCAGGUUGAUGUGGCGAGGGUAGAAGUCUGUGGCCAGACAGGUGAGCAGAGCUCCGCCCUUCCUCGGCCUGGAGAAGACGCGUAGUCUUGGUUGGACUCGACGGGUCACCAGGUUCUUCUUCUGCUCCAGCAGCUGCUUCAGGAUCCUCACACAUGUCGGGAAGUAGAUGUGAUGGUAAUGAAUUUCCACGAAAUUAAGUUUUACUACAUCCCAGCGGCUCUCCCAGGCAUCUCCAGCUGUGGAUGCACUGUAGGAGAAGUGGGUUGUGUUGAACACACGGGUGUCGGCAUCAUGACCAUCAAAACCGUCACGGGUCAUCAUGACUAUUGGUUGUCCAUCCUGAAUCUCACAGCCUGUGAUUCUCUGCUGGACAUGUAGACCUUUAGUCAGGUUGAAGUGUUGCUUGGAGAACGUCAUUCUGUUCUUUAAGUCUGAGUACAGCUCAUGAAUGCCCCACAUGGGGACCUGACCCAGGUCCAGUGGAGUCCUGUCCCUGCUGCUGGUGACCAGAUGGUCGAAUGUGGAGUCAUAGUACGCCACCUGGAGGUCAUCCAGCAUCACCACCAAGCUGAACUCUGGGAACUGCGACGCUCCUGAGAGGAAGGUUCCCAGAGCCCACAGUGAGUGUCGUCCUCCUCCUGGGGACAGCAAUAUCAUUGAAGAUUGUUAAAAUAUAUUCUCAUGUCCCCCUUUUUUGUGUCAAUGUUUCAUUGACUGCUGUAACACGUUGAAUUUCCCCAUUGUGUGACAAAUA